UGGCGUAUAUCAAGGAUUUUGUUAAUUCGCACCUUUACGGGACCAUUCAACCCACAGGCAACACCCUCUUUCUGAAUUACCUUCAAACAACACAAUCGCUCUCUUCGAUUUCUAGGGUUUUGCUAUUGCUUUGCAUCCGUUCCCCCUUCUCACAAAAACAACGCGUUUUCUCUUCCCCUUCGUAUCUAUUCUUUGCGUUUGUUUUUGGUUGAUUGAAGGCAUUCACAGCGUAAUUCGUUGCUGCAUUUUAAUCGAUUUAUCCAACCAACACAUGUGAAUGUGUGAUCGCGGUUUGUUGAAGUAGAUGGUGAACGCGAUGGAGUGGCAGAAGCAGCGUUGUUGGCAACCAAACAGAAACGCGGAAAUGAUGUGCGUGAAAGUGAUGACCGACGAACAGCUCGAGAUUCUGCGCAAACAGAUUGCGGUUUACGCAACAAUCUGCGAACAACUCAUCGAGAUGCACAAAAACAUCUCUGCACACCAAGAUCUCGCAGGUAUUAGGCUGGGGAAUAUGUAUUGUGAUCCAUUGUUGGGGUCUGGUGGUCUCAAAAUAGCUUCAAGGCAGCGGUGGACUCCAACUGCUAUGCAGCUUCAGAUUCUGGAGCGAAUAUUUGAUCAAGGGAUUGGGACUCCCACCAAGGAAAAGAUCAAGGAGAUCACUAAUGAGCUCAGCCAGCAUGGUCAGAUUUCUGAGACCAAUGUGUAUAAUUGGUUCCAGAACAGGCGGGCUCGCUCCAAAAGAAAGCAGCAGAAUGUGGCGCCUAGUGCUAAUGCUGAAUCAGAAGUGGAGACUGAGGUUGAUUCUAAGGAUAAGAAGACAAAGCCGGACGAAUUUCAGGCCCCUCCUAGCGUUUCUGCUGGGCCUGCUGAUAAUUUAGGCUUCCAGAACCAUGAUAGUUUGCAGUACUUGAAUCCAGAAUCCAACAAACCAGAUUCUGUCUUCCCGUCUGAUGGGACCAGAAAUUUUCAUCAUGUGCCUGCUUUUGAUGGGCUGCUAUCAAACUCAAGGAGCAACUAUCUUACUGGAAAACUGGAAACACCUGAGAACUACGAAUUAUACCAGCCAGCAGGUGACUACAACAUUGCAGUCCUCUGCUCCUUAGGUCAACCUCCAAUUUGUCCGCACAUUCCUGACGUGACACCAGCUGUUAAGAAACAAAAUGAUCAGAGACGAGCAAUUUAGAGAGAAAGCAAUUGUACAGCAUGAUAAUUAAUCAUCAACCUGAGUAUGGGGAUCAUUAAUCGUGCUAAAGUAAGUGAAGCUCAGCAUCUGAAACAAAGUCUACAAUCCCAGAACAAAAUAAGAGUAUCAAAUAUGUACCCGGAUUUGUGCUUGAAGAAGCUUGAUAUAAAGAGAAGCCUCCUGAAGAACUGAUGCGGUGUCAGUCUGCAGGAUAUUCAGAAAGCCAAGGCCACACUUUCUUAAAGGUGUUUAUUAUGCUAGUAAGAAAUGAAGGAUCUAGUUUUUGUCCAUUAGGGGUUAGCAAUGAUGACUCACCUUGCCAAAAGGUGAAACCAACUUUUGUAGAGUUGUAAUUUUAUUGCUAAGCUUCUGAUUUGUCAUCAUAGGCACAUGCAACUGAAGGCAAAAAAGGGGCAUUUUUUAGGCUUACGGUUAAAUUGAAUUACCUAGUGCCUAAUUUAAUCAGCAAAACGAAAAAAAAGUAACUACUAUUAUCAUAGUUUACAACACUAAAUUCUAUUCAUAAUAAUUAUGUACUAGUCUUACUCUUUGAUAAAAUUAAGUUUCUUUUCUCCCUUCUGAGAA